AUGCCACAAAUGAGAGCUGUCGUGGUCGAGGGUGGCAAAGGUCCCGCGGACGCCAUGUCCAUCCAGGAGAUCCCAAAGCCGACACCCUCAGCUGGGCAGGCCUUGAUCAAAGUCAAGGCAUUUGGGCUGAACCGCAUGGACCUGCUGCAGAGAGAGGGGCUGUACCCUCUUCCGCCACAGGCGCCAGAGACCAUGGGGGUCGAGUUCUCAGGCACUGUGGAGUCGGUUGCUGCUGGCGCGGAAAGCGACUUCAAGGUUGGGGAUGCCGUGUUCGGUCUCGCGUAUGGAGGAGCGUAUGCGGAGUUCAUCGUCGUCGAUACAGGGAUGUUGGUGCAUAAGCCUGCAGAGCUCUCAUGGGAACAAGCUGCCUGUGUUCCGGAGACAUGGAUUACCGCAUCGCAAGCCCUCCACAUCAUCGGAGGUUUUCAGGCCGGGCGUUCCGUACUUUGGCACGCCGGUGCCUCAUCCGUCUCUAUCUGUGGUAUUCAACUCGCUAAAGCAGAAGGUGCCAAAGCUGUCUAUGCGACGGCUGGCUCCCAAGAAAAAUGCGAUUUCCUCGUUAACGAACUCGGUGUCACGGCCGCCUUCAACUACAAGACCCAAGACUGGGCCGCUGAGAUUAAGAAGAUCACGGCUGGGGCAGGCGUCGAUUUGAUUGUUGACUUUGUCGGAGCAAAUUACUUCCAGGGGAAUAUAGACGCCGCGGCGCGCGAUGGCCGCAUUGUCAUUCUGGGCCUGAUGAGCGGGCAGAAGUUGCCGAAUGGCGUGGACAUUGGCGGACUGCUGUUUAAGAGACUUCGCGUCGAGGGCAGUACGCUUCGAAGUCGGGAGCUGGAAUACCAGCGGAAGCUCAGAGAUUCCAUGGUGGAGCACGUUCUUCCGAGACUCAAGGAUGGGUCCUUCAAGGUCUUUGUAGAGAAGGUGUUUCCCUUUGCGAAGAUUGUGGAAGCUCAUAAGUUGCUGGAGAGUAACCAGACGAGGGGCAAGUUGGUGUGUGUCAUAUAA